GGUGCGACACCUUCGUUCGCCUGUACGGACCCCUUGGCAGACAAACCAAACUGCUCGUGCACUUGCACAAAUGGCAUCACCUUCGACCAACCUCUCUCUUUGGAUUCCCAGAACUGCCCGGGUACCCCUGCAUACGACUGCCAAGUGGAGAAAGACGAAUGCGCCAGGCAAGAACAAGUGUUGAAGGAUGAAAUCACCAAGAAAACGCAAGAGUAUAACGAAUGCAAA